UUGGUACACUUAAUAAAUCCCAUAUCUCUAAUGCAGAGUCCUACAUAUACUGCAAAGGCACACUUUACUUAAAGCGUUUAGUGAGAUGUCAUGAGACCUAAAGAAAGACAGUUUUUAUCCAUUUUGCGUAACUAAAAAACAAGAUGAUGGACAUAAGAUUUCAGCAUUUUGAUGCAAAAUUAUAUAACACUUAUAAGAAAUUCUGACACUAGAGAAAAACAAGUCUUAUAAUCCAUUGGCCCGCAUGGUUAAAUACUUUAAAUAUCUAAAAUACUGUUAAAUAGGCUGCAGAUACAAGCCUCACAGAAAGUGUGCGUCUAGAUUCCGACAGCACGACACACUAUUGCAAUAUUGGUUUAUUUUUCUGGCAGAUCGAUACAUAUUCGCACGGUGAUGUGCACAAAUAUUUAGAUUCUCGCUUUCUCUCAACUAGUGAACUAUCAAAUCCAAGGCUGGACCCCAUCCUUGAAUCAUCCCCUCCAGUUGUCCUGGCCGGGCGGGGUGAGCGCAUGUGCCAUUCCGGCUCCUAUGGCAACCCGAUAGAUUAUAGCUCCGCCAAUAUUCACGUUAUUAGAAGGCGUGAGGCUAAUGGAUCAGUGAUGUCAGCGCUCUUUGAAUGCCGCUACCAGCUGCGUGCAUGUGUGUCAUCACCUUGUACUGACAGAAAGCUCAGAUAUUUUGGGGAGGUGGAGAUCAUGCUUUGUCAUUGAGGAGCUCAGCAGCAGCAUUCUCCCACUCCGGCACGUCCGACGCUCAGCAUGCUGCAUCCUGAUGCGCUCUCGUCUGCACGCUGUGGGUUUACCUGGAUUUACACGCAUUUCCCGUUUACCGCCUUUACAUGACCGUCGGACCGAAGCGGACCCGUAUUGCUGACGCAUCUCAAUGCUUGAACCGGGGGAGAGAGGCACAUCCCAAGUGUCAAAUAAAAUACAACCUGUCCUGCGGAUGCGCCGUCACUGUUUUGCCUCCAGUGGCACCCCAAGUGCAUGAGAUUCAUGAUUCAUCUCUCUGUUUUCACGGGCUAUCCUUAAAGCGCAUCUCUUCUCCUUCUUCAAAAUGGAAAGAUUCCAGUCUUCCAUGCGCAAACGGCUCUACAGCUUGCCGCAAAACAUUGGGCAAAAACCCUUCGUGAUUGACGAAGGAGACAGCGGCGACAAGGACACUAAGAGGAAAAGUAUUCGACUAAAACAUUUGUCCUCUCCGUCUCCUGCAAGCAGUUGCAAGAGCAUUGAGGAGGCCAGGAGCGAAGACUUGGAAAGGGACGUUAUUGUAAAGACCAACUUGAACGGGGACUGUCGCUUAUUUAGGGGCAGCAUCUCUUCCAUCACCGGGCGGCAUCCUCCCGGGUCAGAUCCAGCGGAGCAGCGGCGCCUCAUCCCCGAGGCUGAUGCCGGUGUCAGUGAGAGUUUCCCCGGUCAGCACGGUCCGGGGGCCCAGCAGCGGGCAGCGGGUGGUCUGAGUGGCGCAACGGAACAAGCUGCUAUGUUUGACCAGUCAAGUUUAAUCAAGUUGGAGGGUAGCGAGCAAAUAAUACCUGAGGACGAGCGGCUGUACCAAGCCGGCUUCAUGCACCGGCAGUUUGGGGCGAUGCUCCAACCGGGAGUCAACAAGUUCUCCCUGCGGAUGUUGGGGAGUGAGAGGGCCGUGGAGCAUGAGAGGGAACGAGUAAAGUCUGCUGGCUUCUGGAUAAUCCACCCGUACAGUGAUUUUAGGUUCUACUGGGAUCUGACCAUGCUGCUGCUGAUGGUGGGAAACCUCAUCAUCAUCCCUGUGGGCAUCACCUUCUUCAAGGACGAGCACACGCCACCCUGGAUCGUCUUCAAUGUGGUCUCGGACACCUUCUUCCUCAUGGACCUAGUCCUUAAUUUCCGCACGGGCAUCGUCAAGGAGGACAAUACAGAGAUCAUCCUGGACCCGCAGCAGAUCAAGAUCAAGUACCUGAAGAGCUGGUUCGUGGUGGAUUUCAUCUCCUCCAUACCUGUGGACUACAUCUUUCUCAUCGUAGAGACACGCAUCGACUCAGACUUUUACAAGACGGCCCGGGCCCUGAGGAUCGUCCGCUUCACUAAGAUCCUCAGUCUACUGAGGCUGCUGCGCCUCUCCAGACUCAUUCGCUACAUCCACCAGUGGGAGGAGGUUUUCCAUAUGACCUAUGACCUGGCCAGCGCCAUGGUGCGUAUCAUGAACCUGAUUGGUAUGAUGCUGCUGCUGUGUCACUGGGACGGCUGUCUGCAGUUCCUGGUUCCCAUGCUGCAGGACUUUCCUGCUGACUGCUGGGUCACCAGAAACAAGAUGGUGAAUGACACUUGGGGUCAGCAAUACUCCUACGCCCUGUUCAAGGCCAUGAGUCACAUGCUGUGCAUCGGGUACGGCUUGUACCCCCCUAUCGGUAUGGCUGACGUGUGGCUCACCAUCCUCAGCAUGAUUGUGGGCGCUACCUGCUUUGCCAUGUUUGUGGGUCACGCAACUGCACUCAUUCAGUCUCUGGACUCCUCCAGGAGGCAGUACCAGGAGAAGUAUAAACAGGUGGAGCAGUACAUGUCCUUCCACAAGCUCCCUGCCGACAUGCGCCAGCGGAUCCACGAUUACUACGAACACCGUUAUCAGGGCAAGAUGUUCGAUGAGGAAAGCAUUUUGGAGGAGCUGAAUGAGCCACUGCGACAGGAGAUCAUCAACUUUAACUGUCGUAAACUGGUGGCCUCCAUGCCUCUGUUCGCCAACGCCGACCCAAACUUUGUUACCUCCAUGUUGACCAAACUGCGCUUCGAGGUCUUCCAGCCGGGCGACUACAUCAUCAGAGAGGGAACCAUUGGCAAGAAGAUGUACUUCAUCCAGCACGGCGUCGUCAGUGUCCUGACCAAGAACAGCAUAGACACCAAGCUGUCUGACGGCUCUUAUUUUGGAGAGAUCUGCCUGUUGACCCGAGGCAGGAGGACAGCCAGCGUGCGAGCAGAUAACUACUGUCGGCUGUACUCCUUGUCGGUGGACAACUUCAACGAGGUUCUGGAGGAGUUUCCCAUGAUGAGGAGGGCCUUUGAGACUGUGGCUCUGGACCGCUUGGACCGCAUCGGAAAGAGGAACUCUGUUCUUCAACAUAAAGUCCAGCAUCACCAAAGUUCUGGCACUCUGAACUUUCAAGAGAGCGAGAUCAUCCAAAGAAUAGUGCAACAUGACCGUGACAUGGCCCAAUGCACGCAUCUGAUCCAGACCAGCCUAAACCCUACCCCUGCACCCCCAUCUCCCACCCCCGUCAUCUGGGCCCCCCUAGUUCAGGCCCCGCUCCAGGCUGCUGCUGCCACCACCCCACUGGCUCUGGCCUUGGCCCACCAAUCUCAGCUGCCACCCAUCCUUUUCCACCAUCCUCUGGCACCAGGCUCCCUGAGGGACCACACCAGCUAUCCAAAGAGAGUCCACAUUGGAGCGAACGCGUCUAGCACCUGUGGUUCGGGGCCCAGUUCUCCUGCCAGCUCCACCAAAUUCAGAUCUGGGAUUGAGACUCCCACACUGGCGUCCCUCAGGACACACCAUCUCUCCGCUGGACCUGUGUCACCCACACUGAUGUCCUCGCCCAUCUUCACCAGCAGCCUGCAGCCUCUGGGCCCUCUGCCCUCACACCAGCCCCCACCCCAUCCUCCCCACUCCGGCAUUGCCUCAGUCUUCCCCACCAGCCAAGCCACUGUCUCCUACACCUGCUCCGCUCAGCUCCACUCUCAGCCCUUCCAUGGUGCUAUGACCACCCCGCCACACCCAAUAGGUUUACUCCAGCAGGGGGUGCCAGGGAGACUAGUAGGGAGAUUCCCAGCCCCAUCUGCCUCCACCAUAAGCCCUCUGAUCUCAAGCUCAGUCGGUCCCAUACUAAGCCAGCUACAGCAGACCUCUCACGCCACCCCGCAGCAGCUUGGGUACAGUCAUGCCAGAGCAGGCAGGACAUCCAGUGGUCUGAACCUCCCGCAUAUUCCCUUCAUCACCAGCACCCACUCCUCCAGUGGAUAUACUCACCCAGGGUCUGCAGUCGGAGCCGGGGCCGCAGCCUCUCUGGCGCAGCACAGCCUUGCAGGUCUCCAGUCUGUUUUCCUCCCCCAGGUUCUCCCCGAACACUCAGCCCUCGCCUCCCUGGCCCAGUACGGCUCUGCUGAGGCCUCGCCCUGCUACACGCCUCCAGUCCACAGUCCCAGCAUACAGAGCCCUGUGAGAGGAAGGACAUUUUAUCCCAGUGAGUUCCCCAGCAACGUGGGCUCUCACAGCCCUCUAACCCCCCAGACCUCAUGCCCUGCCAGGGUGCCCUGUACCCUCAAAGAGAGGGCCGACUCCUCGGUGGAUCUCUUUACCCAGGAAAUAAAGACUAUCUCAGGCUCUCACAGCUCUAUACACCAGGAAAGGCCUUUGGCCAUGAGCGGCUCCUUAAAGGGGGUAGCGGGGACAUCAGGCCCCUUCUCCUUCCCCAUGCCUGUCAGUAAACCCUACAGCCCGAUCCCGGGUCAAGCGACUCCUGUCAGUCGGACACAUUCAGAGCCUGAACCUCAGAACCAGUUUGUUGGUGUCCAUUCACCCCACGCUAGAUCCCCUGCUAAGAUGUUAGAGACCGAACACAAACAGUCCAAACUUCCAUCCAACUUGUGAGGUUCAGACACACCCUCCUUUAAUGCCUGAACAAAAGAAGGGAGAUCAUUUCCUUCUCGGCAUUGUUUUAACCACUAUUUUGUCAAAUUUUAAAGUAGGAGGGUGUGUUUCUAUACUUGGAAUGGAGACCAGUGGUUUCAUUUUCAAUCGUAACGAAUGGAUCGUGGAUAAUAAUGGACAAUGAUGGAUAUUCUUUUUCUACAGGAUAUUGCAUCUUUGAAAACAGUAAUAAAAUCCAAAACCUAUUGAUGGGUAUAUAUAGCACCUCAUGAAAAUAUCAAUUGUUCUAUGUGUUGUAUUAUAACCACACUCUGUGAUUUGUUAUAAGUAUUUGUUUAAACCCCAUUGUCCCAGCAAUUUUGUGUAACCUUUUAGCUACACCUGUUUAGUUGGAAAUUUGUCCACAACUGUGUCCAGUUAUGAUUGAAACCAAAAAAUAUUGUCCUUUUUUAUAUCCCUUUCCACCACUUGAGUGUAUCAGGUGAAUGCAGGUGAAUGAUCCCUUAAGAGAUUAGAGGAGAGACAGACUGUGCACUUUGCUCGUUUCAGAGAUCACCUAACGCAACGGUUUGAUGACGGCAAGUCUUCCAAGAUAGUGUUUCAGCAAUAUUGCACACCCAAAUGGGUCACACAAAUCAAAUCACAUUCAAAAAAACUGAAGUAAUGAAUGUAAUGUAAUGUUUGUCUGUCUGAGUGGGAGAUGCGGGAUUAAUUCUUAAAUGUGUUGAACUGAUGGAAGUUGUAACCAGAUUUAGAGACAACGCACACAUGUUCGUUUCGUCCCUCUGCGACUGCUCCGGCGCGAGGCGCAAAACCUGAUGCCAACUCAUUUUGGUCUGACAAUAACUCUGGUACAGAACAUACACCUGAGCCAAGGUUUGUGUGCCAUCAGCAUAGUAUGCAAUAAUCUGUGUUUUUUUAUGGGUCUACAAAGGUACUGUGAAUCAAAGCACUUGUCAAUGAGAGUUGUGAGUGAUGUUCUGUUUUUCAGUUAGAACUGAUAAAAAUAAGGGAAUUAAAUGGAAUAAAAAGCAACUGUGGAUAAUCAAACAUCCUGAAACCAGCAAUGCACCAAGACUGAUCUGAAUGUUUCUUGCACCAGUCAAAGGGCUAAAAGCAGUUACUUGGACACACAGUUAACAAGGAACCCUGUUGGGUCAUAUUGCUGAAUAUUUACCUCUUUCAUUUUACAUUAUUUGUUGUAAAAGUUGACAUCUGUUGUUGAACAAUUGCUGCUUUGUGAUGCUAUGCUGAAUCAAUAAGACUUGUAUCAAUGACUGCUUUUUUUAAAAACCAGACUCUUAAAUACUUCUACUUGUUAAUAAGUCCAUGUGUUUAGAUCUCUCUCUCUCUCUCUCACUCUGGACCUACGGCUAGCAAGGAACUGUGAGCAGCUAGCUGGUCAGCAGGUCAAACCAUCGAAGAUCCUGUCCAGUGGCUUUAGCUGCCUGGUCACUUAACCUGAGGUGUGCUGUGACUCUGACCCCCCUGAAGGAGGACAGAUACUAUCAGUCACUAGCCAGUAACUGCCAAUGGGCUCGAUCAAUCCCUCAUUACUAUUCUCCUCCAACCCCGCAUCACCACUCCACCUGCCAGAGGCAUCAGCUCGGAUUGAGUGUGAGGUUACUUUGAGUGCUUUCAACUUAAAAAAAGUGUGUGCAGGAGAGGAGGUGUCAGUCAUUAAUGCAUUUAUAUAUUUCUAUCUCAUUUUGCUGCCUUUUAACCAACAAAUCUGAGGAUUCCAUCACCUAUGUAUGUUAGGCAUAUUUUAUUUUAGCUACUGAAUUCAAUGCAAUAAAAUAACAUAUGGUCAAUGA